UGAUAUGAAAGCCUCAUUCUUCUGAUGUCUGCAACAGAGCUCAAUUGAUGGAAUUACUCAGUUGCAGGAGAAGAGAAAACUUUAACACUGGAUUUACUUUUACGGUGGAAUAUCGAUUCUACGAUUUGAUUUUAUGCUGCAUCAUUCCACAUUUUGGUUCAUUUUUUUAGCCACACUCAGCUUUAUUUUUAAGCUUUUUAACGGUUUCUGAACUUAGGACUAAUAGUCUUUACAUGCAGCUUGCAUGAUGGUGAACUCGUGUCUCCACCUGAGCGGCUUCCUCCUCAGCUCUCUCGGCUGGCUGGGCAUCGUGAUCGCAACUGCCACCAACGACUGGGUGAAUAUGUGCAAAUAUGGUUUGAACACCUGCAAGAAGAUGGAUGAGCUGGGAGCCAAGGGACCCUGGGCAGAGUGUGUCAUCUCCACAGGACUCUACCACUGCACCUAUCUAACACAGAUCCUGGAUCUGCCAGCCUACAUCCAGACUACUCGGGCCCUGAUGAUCACAGGGUCAAUCCUGGGUCUCCCAGCGGUGGGGAUUCUCCUCAUGUCUAUGCCCUGCAUCAAUCUCGGCAACGAAACCCAGAGCUCCAGGAACAAACGCACCAUCCUGGGAGGAGUAUUUAUACUCGUAGUUGCACUGUGUGGUAUGGUGUCCACAGUUUGGUUCCCCUUUGGGGCCCACCAGGAACAUGGCCUCAUGUCAUUUGGCUUCUCCCUCUACACUGGUUGGGUGGGCACGCUCUUCUCCCUGCUGGGGGGGUCCAUUCUCACCUGUUGCUCCUCAGAGUCAUCCUCCUCUCACUCCUACCAGGACAACAACCGCUUCUACUAUUCCAAACAGGGAGGUAGCAACGUGCCAGCCACCUCCUCCACCAAUCACGCCAAAAGUGCCCACGUCUGAGAUGGGAGAGAUUCUGAAUCCCACACGGGCUUUGGAGACUGUAGUUAGUUUGUAUAUAGAGACAUAGAGCAGCCUACACCAGAGCACACAAACACACAUAUUCACAUUCAGUGCAAUCACCAUGACAUGCAAACCUAUACUGGGAAGAGGAGACACAUAAACACACAUGUUUGUUGGUGCAUGUGAAGGACAACACACAAAUUCUUGAAGGAGCACAUAAGCAUACAUACUGUAAAAGAGACACUCGCACAUUCAAACACACAAAGACUGUUUUCGGUGGAGCUCUCUUUUUUUUUUUUAAACCAGUGGAUUGUUUUUGUAUCUCAGAGCUGAUCUUCCAGCCUCUUCAUCUUGGGUGUGGUGUGGACUCCCCUGAUUUGUUACAUAAUUGUACAGGCUCCCAAAUAACUGCCAGCACAGCAGUCUGAAGUCCCGGUCGCCUGAGGCUUCGUGAACCAAAGUAUUAAUCUCCUAUGUUACUUCUAUUUUUCUACUGUGUACCUAGAGAUGAAGUCUUAUGAAUGCCUUUGUUGAAAAAUAUGUUUUUAAACCAUAUGAUAUAAUAAUCUAUUGUUUUGAUAAGAGCAGGGUAUGACAGCACUACAUUAUGUUUGAAAUUUUAUUGUGUUCAUAUUAACAGUGUUUAUGUAUAUUGAUUUUUUUGUACAGUAUUGUACAGCUCUCUGGUGCAUUUGCCUCUUGACUUGAUUUAAAAGGCAGCAAUGUUUUUUUUUUUCUCCUACUGCCACCGCAGGAUGACUGUAGGAUGAAGGGAACAUCAAUUUCACAGCAUAGCUCCAGCAAGCAGUAUUGGGUCUCUAUUAGCCUGUGCACUGGUUUAGCAAAAAUAACUUGUCCAUACGUGUGUCAUCUGAUAGGGAGAUUUAAUAAUCUAACGUUGAAAAAUUCAAAUUUGUUUCAUUACUAACUUGCUUCUAUUUCAGAUAACAACAGAGAUCAAAAGAAGUAUAUCCUGUAACUGUGAUAAAAUCAUCAGUGUGCACGGAAUCGGCGUUAUGUAGAUUAGAUUGUCUUGAGGGAAUAUGAUGACUGUAAUGCUAAACAUCUCACAGAUGGACUCUGAUAUUCCCAAGACAAAGAAACCUGAUCUUUCCAACUCAGAUCCACACAGAAGCAGUAUUAGCUGGUUAUUUAUUAUUUCACUGAUGCGCUAUUGUUAGAUUUUCUAUAAUAAAGACAAAAGAAUUAAAACCAC